AUGUCUGACGAGGAAGAAGAUGAUGUCAAUUUUAAGGCGGUUAGUUGAAGGUUCCAGAAGAAGGAAAAGUAAUCGGAUCUUUCAGGGCGUUGAAAUCAGCAGUUCCAAAACGACGUACACUGUGGUGAAACUGCUCGGAGAGGGAGGCUUCGGAGCCGUUUACCUAGUCAAAGAUAAGUCGGGAAAGCAGUUCGCGAUGAAAGUGGAGCGGAAGAUGGAGAAACGGAAGCACUCGAAGCUCAAGAUGGAGAUCGCCAUUCUGAAGUUGGUCGGCAGCUCGAAGCACUUCACGAACAUCGCUGACCGCGGGAAGAAGGACAAAGAGGGAUACUUCUUUCUGGUGAUGGAGCUCGUCGGAAAGAGUCUGGCUGAUCUGAAGAACGAACGCGCAGAAAAGGUGUUUUCCUACGCGACGGGGCUCGGAGUUGCCACGCAGUGUCUUGAGGCCGUCGAGGAUCUGCACAAGCACGGAUUCAUCCAUCGCGAUCUCAAACCACAGAACUACGCGUGCGGACUCGACACUCAGAGACAUCUCAUCUAUAUUCUGGAUUUCGGAAUCGCCCGCAAGUACCUGAACACCAAGAACGAGCUUAAGACGCCGAGAGAGACUGUCGGAUUCAAGGUGAGAGAAAAGGAGCCCCACGGCCUUAACUCCACUUUUUCAGGGAACCGUUCGUUUCGCGCCUCUCGCUUGCCAUCGGAACAUUGAAAUGGGGCCGAAGGACGACUGCGAGAGCUGGUUCUAUCUGCUCAUCGACCUCAUUCUUCUCGGCGGACUACCGUGGCGCAAGAUCAGCGAUAAGAAUGAGGUGAUGAAAGCGAAGGAGGACUGUCGCAAGGACAAACGAUCGACCCUCUACACGGGCAUCAAACAGACGACUGAACUGAACAAAGUGCUCGACUACAUCGACACGAGAGCCUACCAGGAUCGCGUCGACUACCAGUUUAUUUACAAGGCGCUCACUGAGGCGUGCUCCAACGCGGGACUGGACAUCGACGCGCCGUACGAUUGGGAAACGAGCAAGGAGCCGCAGACGAGCAAAGAGCCGACGUCGAACAAGUAG